AAAAAAAUGCAGUAACAGCAGUUUGUCCACCCUCAUUCAUUCACAAAUCACAAAAACUAGCCCAACAAAGCAACAACUUUCACGACCUAAGUCUUUCUCACUUCUUUUGGUGUUGUCCAACCAACAGUGAGAACCCCUCUCUCUCUUUUUCUCUCAGUCUCUCCGAAUUACCCAUAUUCUGAUUCGGUUUUUACUCUCUUUCUCUCUCACGCUCUCUUUGAUGUCAAACUGUACUGUUGAAUCCUCCCAAGUUGAAACCAGUGAUGGAGUUAAGCUCCACACAAGGUUGUUCAAACCAAGAGAAGAGAUCAAGGACAACAAUCUUGUGAUCGUCCUGGUCCAUCCAUUCUCAAUCUUGGGUGGUUGUCAGGGCCUUUUGAGAGGAAUAGCCGGUGGGUUGGCUGACAAAGGUUAUAAAGCUGUUACCUUUGACAUGAGAGGCGCUGGGAGAUCAACAGGAAGGCCUUCUCUUACUGGAUUUGCUGAAAUCAAGGAUGUGAUUGCUGUUUGCAAAUGGGUCUCUCAGAAUCUCUCUGCCGACAGAAUUUUGUUAGUGGGAUCUUCUGCAGGUGCUCCAAUUGCUGGCUCCGCAUCUGAUCAAAUUGAACAGGUUGUAGGCUAUGUAAGCCUGGGUUACCCUUUUGGUAUGAUUGCCUCGAUCCUUUUUGGUAGACACCACAAAGCCAUUCUAGAAUCCCCAAAACCAAAACUUUUUGUAAUGGGAACUCGAGAUGGGUUCACCAGUGUGAAGCAGUUGAAGAAUAAGUUGAGUUCUGCAGCAGGACGUGUUGAAACACACCUUAUUGAAGGAGUUGGCCAUUUCCAAAUGGAAGGCCCUGCUUAUGACGCUCAGAUGGUGAAUCUCAUCCUCCAAUUUAUUGCAUCAUUGUAGGAUAAUCUCAGACCAUUUCGCGUUGUUUGUGUUUGGGUAGAGUAGAAUACCUUCGAAAUUGUAUGUUAACCUUGUGCUUUGCUUGUAAAUGCUUGCUUAUUAUUGUGUAAUCUGCAGGAAGUUACAGUUUGCA